GUGUGGUAACUCUUAUUUUUAAAGAGACAGAUCACACUUUUUAAAUGUUUGGGAUUCAAGAUACUUUAGGAAGAGGGCCAGCUCUGAAAGAGAAAUCACUGAGCGCCGAGAUGGAUUCGGUCAGGUCCUGGGUCCGGAAUGUCGGCGUGGUGGACGCCAAUGUCGCGGCGCAGAGCGGAGUCGCCCUGUCCCGCGCGCACUUUGAGAAGCAGCCGCCCUCCAACCUGCGGAAGUCCAACUUCUUCCACUUCGUGCUGGCGCUCUACGACAGGCAGGGGCAGCCGGUGGAGAUCGAGCGCACGGCCUUCGUGGACUUCGUGGAGAACGACAAGGAACAAGGCAACGAGAAGACCAACAAUGGCACCCACUACAAGUUACAGCUCCUCUAUAGCAACGGUGUCCGCACGGAGCAGGACCUGUACGUCAGGCUCAUUGACUCGGUCACUAAGCAGCCCAUAGCUUACGAGGGACAAAAUAAGAAUCCGGAAAUGUGCCGAGUUCUCCUGACACACGAAGUCAUGUGCAGUCGAUGCUGUGAAAAGAAAAGCUGUGGAAACCGAAAUGAGACUCCUUCAGACCCUGUCAUCAUCGACAGAUUCUUUUUAAAAUUUUUCCUCAAGUGCAAUCAGAAUUGUUUGAAAACAGCAGGAAACCCAAGGGACAUGAGGAGGUUCCAGGUUGUGUUAUCAACAACAGUGAAUGUGGAUGGACAUGUGUUGGCUGUUUCUGACAACAUGUUUGUUCAUAACAACUCGAAGCAUGGGCGGAGAGCGAGAAGACUGGACCCUUCGGAAGGUAGGGCUGUCUGCGGGCAGGGCGAGAAUGCUACCCCCUGCAUCAAAGCCAUUAGCCCAAGUGAGGGCUGGACCACGGGAGGAGCCAUGGUCAUCAUCAUUGGGGACAACUUCUUUGAUGGCCUCCAAGUGGUGUUUGGGACCAUGCUUGUAUGGAGCGAGCUCAUCACUCCUCAUGCCAUCAGAGUGCAAACUCCUCCUCGGCACAUCCCUGGAGUGGUGGAAGUGACUCUGUCUUAUAAAUCCAAGCAGUUCUGCAAAGGAGCUCCAGGGAGGUUCAUUUACACAGCAUUAAAUGAACCCACCAUAGACUAUGGCUUCCAGAGGCUGCAGAAAGUCAUCCCAAGGCAUCCUGGAGACCCUGAGAGAUUAGCGAAGGAAAUGCUGUUGAAAAGAGCUGCAGAUCUCGUGGAGGCCCUCUACGGCACACCACACAAUAACCAGGACAUCAUUUUGAAGCGAGCCGCAGAUAUUGCUGAAGCCCUCUACAGUGUCCCCAGGAAUCCCAGCCAGAUCCCAGCUCUCUCCAGCUCUCCAGCUCACAGUGGCAUGAUGGGCAUCAAUUCUUAUGGCAGCCAACUUGGGGUCAGCAUCUCAGAGUCAACACAGGGAAAUAAUCAAGUGGGUUACAUCCGCAACACAAGCAGCAUCUCUCCUCGGGGCUACUCUUCCAGCUCUACCCCUCAGCAGUCUAAUUACAGCACCUCCAGUAACAGUAUGAACGGCUACAGCAACGUCCCCAUGGCCAACCUGGGCGUUCCAGGGUCACCAGGAUUCCUAAACGGCUCCCCCACAGGCUCCCCUUAUGGAAUCAUGUCAUCAAGCCCCACUGUUGGAUCUUCCAGCACGUCUUCCAUCCUCCCAUUUUCCUCUUCAGUUUUUCCUGCUGUCAAACAGAAGAGUGCCUUUGCCCCUGUCAUCAGGCCCCAAGGCUCCCCUUCGCCCGCCUGCUCCAGUGGCAAUGGAAAUGGAUUCAGAGCCAUGACGGGACUUGUCGUGCCCCCGAUGUAA